AUGCUUGGAUUAUUAGUAUCGUAUACUGCUUCAGUUUCCAAAUUUGUUGUAACAUAUGGAUACUCCGAACUUACGAUAUCAGAAGAAUCACAACUCGAACUUGAAAAAGGUCUUUAUCCAGAUUCGAAAUAUUAUGCAUUUUUUAUCAAUAAUGAAGACUUCCAAGACUUAAACAUGAUUUAUCGUGCUAAUUAUACAUUAUUCAGUCCAAGAAUCAUUCCGAAAAGUGGUCCAACAGUUUUAAAAUUUGUUAUUACAAAAUUAAAUGUUGACAACAUUGAUUCACUGUCAAUUGUGUAUAAUGGUGGAGAUGUAACAUACAACACAUUUAAUUUCACAAAAGAGAAACAAUACGUACUUUUCCUCAGUUCAACAGAAUUUAAUUAUCGGUUUGAAAGAGAAGGAUAUUUGUGGGAAAUUCAAACAAGCCCAUACGAUGAUCUUGUUGGACCAGGCACAUAUUAUGAGAAUGGCUAUAAAAAAUACCUCUUGAUUGGAUUAACGCGUACCUAUACGAACAAAAAACGUGCUCUUUAUGUUAGAAUGGAAAAAGUGUAUCCAGAAGUCGAAACAACAGGGUAUUAUAAGCUAGAUUCAUGCGUGUUGUCAAAUGAUGACACUUUUCAGUUUUAUGAACCGAACAAAAUCAUAGUAUCUGGAGUAGGUAAAUUUGAAUUUUUAAUUGAUGAACAAGGGAAGGAGAUUGCAUUUAAUGGCGGUGGAAAUAUGGUAUUUCCCCAUCAAUGCAAUGACAUACUAUUUUAUAAUGGUGAUAAAUGGAGUGAAUGGGAAAAAUGUUAUAUGUAA